UCAGAAGGCAUUUUCUCUCUUUUCUAUCUGUCUUCACUAUCUGAAGCAGAGUUUAAAGCUUCUCAGGAUAUUUUGUAACUCAUUAGUUUUUGGCAUCCUUGACGGCAUAUUGGCCAAUAUGAUUCAUUCUUUCUUUGAGCACAAUUAGCCGUGAAAACAGAUCUUAGAACAGACUCCCUCCACCCCCAAAGGAUUAUUGAAGGUAGGAAAUGCAGGUGAUUAUCAGAGUUUGCCUUUGAUACAGACAUCCUGCUCUUCUGCUAACCCUUUGAACUAACUUUGAUAUGCAAUAAUUAAGAGGGAUUCAACCCCUGGAGGAGAAGCCGCUCCUCUCCCUCUAUUGAGUCCUUGUUUUGAACUAUUGAUCAAACAGAUCUGAAGGGAUUUGUUGAAGCCUGUGUGGGGUAAGGAGGAAGGAAAUGAAGGAGGAGGGAGGGAGGUGGAGAGAGAUGAGGGGGGCACAUCUGGUAUAAAUCGUUUCAGAAGGAAUCUGCUGGUUAGACCUCACUCAUCCUAUUUCACACACCUUUCUUAGACAAAGAUUUGUUUUUCCUUCAGGAAAAGCAGUUACGGACGACUUGCAGGGUUUCCAUUUUGGCAAAAGCUCUAUUGUAGGUUUAUUGCCGCCCAGUCUGGAGAACGCGGAGAGAGCUGAGAAGGUCAAGGUGAUUGAAGGAUGGCGGUGGUGUUCUUGCUGGGGCUCAGCUGGUUCUGUGCCCCCCUGAGUGCUCUGGUUUUGGACUUCAACAACAUCAAGAGCUCUGCCAACGUGCACAGGGCUCAGAAGGGUUCACAGUGCUUGUCUGACAAGGACUGCAGUUCCAGAAAAUUCUGCCUCAAGCCUCAAGAUGAGAGGCCAUUAUGUGCUACAUGUCGCGGGUUACGAAGGAGGUGCCAACGUAAUGCCAUGUGCUGCCCUGGAAUACUGUGCAUGAAUGAUGUUUGUACUGCAAUGGAAGAUGCAACCCCAAUAUUGGAAAGACAGAUGGAUGACCAAGAUGAUAUAGAAACAAAAGGAACAACUGAGCAUCCAAUUCAGGAAAACAAACCCAAAAGAAAGCCAAAUAUUAAGAAACCACAAGAUGGGAAGGGACAAGAGGGAGAAAGAUGCCUUAGAACUUUGGACUGUGGAGCUGGACUCUGCUGUGCUCGUCAUUUCUGGACUAAAAUUUGUAAGCCAGUUCUAUUGGAGGGACAGGUCUGCUCUAGGAGAGGGCAUAAAGAUACCGCUCAGGCUCCAGAAAUCUUCCAGCGCUGUGACUGUGGUCCUGGACUAAUAUGUCGAAAUCAAGUGACCGGCAACCAACAACACACACGGUUAAGAGUAUGCCAAAAAAUCUAA